GCCAAAGAAGACACUGUGUGUUACUAUGGAAACAGAGGCAGCGCCGAACCCAUCCGUCUAAAUCCAGGUCUGUUUUUCUUAAUGUGGAAUUGCUUGUACUAUUAUUCUAUAUCAUUGCACCAUACAAGCCAUGCUGUUGAAUUAUAAACCUUAAUGUAUGCAGGAUGGAUUUUGACUAUGAGACCAUGCCUCUAUGUGAGUGCGUGUUUUGGGGGAUAACAUGAACGUUUGGAGCAAUCUCUAUUCUCUAGCAAUGCUGUAUGUGUCUGCUCCAGCAGGAAUCUAUGGUUUGAGUAACUCCCUGUUGGAGACCCCAUGGAGGAAGCUGCAGCAUGGGAAGAGACUGUUUACCAGCGUAGUGAACCAGACACUGCCUUGUGAUGGCCUGGUCCAUGAUCUGCUCAACGUCCUCAACAACGAGGAACUGUGAGUUCACCACACACUCGGUAUCAAUAAUACAAUCAAUGUGACACUGUAAACGCUUCAUCAAUAAAUGUACCUGCACACUCAUGACGCUGCAGACUGUAUCAAAACACUUCACAUUAACACACAUACCUGUACACUGUGUGAUGCAGGUUGGCAUUUAUUGGGAUGACUCAUGUACUGCAGGCAGCUCUGCAGGGUAGUCACUAGCGGGUACAGCCACAAAGUAAUACAAUAUUAUUUUAAACCUAACCCUAACCUUAACUGCACUGCUAACCUUGUGCCUAACCCUAACCUAAAAGUAAGACCAAAAAGCACAUUUUUUGUUUUCAUGAAUUUUUACGAUGUAUAGCUAAUUUUGACUUUGCAGCUGGCCCAUCUAGUGGAAAUCGCUCUGCUCUGCCUCCAGGACAAGAUUCAUCCCAAUAAACAUGAACCUGCCAGUGUGAGAGCCCAAACUCUGUAGUUUUAGUUUACAAUUUGACGCAAUCAAUGUGACACAGCGUAAUAUACAUUAAAACAUAUACCUGCACAAGGCUCGACAUUAAUUAUUGUCCUCUUGUCCGGGGCAAGUAAAAAACAUUGAUGGACAAGAAUAUAUAUUGGAGUUGUCCAAAUGGACAAGUAAAAAAAUCACACAAAAAUUACAAUAUCAAACAAUCAGAUCAGAAUUGGAUCAGAAGCCAACAUUGGAAUGUAUGUACAUGAAUAAAAAAGCCUACAUGUCAAUGUGUGUGCUGACAUGAGGGUGGCGCCAGAAAAUGGAGCCCAACUUCAAUGAGACUUUUAAUUACAUAAAUAUAGGCUAAACACCCGUCAUGUUUGACAUAUAUAAUGAAGGAUAAUUAACAUUAACGUCUAAAGGCUUGAUUCUGUUGUAAUAAUCGAGGCCAGAUUCGAAUCUGAGCGGAGGCGGUCAGCAUUUUGAAACUAUUUAACCAUGAACAUAAUUGUUUAAAACCUGGACGUCUUAUGUCAUUUUAUGAAGCAUGUCUUACCUUGUUUCAAAGUAGCCUAGCCAAAAUACCACCAUAGAAAUCACUAUUGCUCGUAAGGUAUUUGAGAGUAACAAACAAGGACAUCUAAAUGUCUAAAUAUGCUCACUCAUUAUGGGGUGGCGAGUACCACACGUGGACAUUCAACAUGGCUACGUGGGGUACAAACGUGAACACUCAAUAUGACUUUGAGAAAGUAUAGUCCUUCACACAUUAAAUGAAUGUGCAGUUAGGAAAAAGAAGUACACUGCUGUUGCUGGAGUCCUGCGCUUUUAUGUCAACUUAAUUGCAAAGCUUUUAGUCGGUGAACUUUUGCUCUUCAGACGCCGCCUACCUUUCUCUCUAAUAGGUUUGCCAGCUUCACAAUGUACAUCAUGUUGUUCUGAAACUUACUGUAUGUCGUAUUAUAUAACUCCUCGUUUUGAAACUUUCAGUUCAGUAAUAACUUUCUAUUCAGUAUACAGUAUUUUUUCCCCCAAUGCACCUGGUAACACUAAAGUUGUGCUAAAGAGUUUUACUUUUUCAGUUGGUUCCAAUCCAAAAGGAGGUUUGAGUGAGAAGUUGAGAACAGUGUCUUUUCUAUAGGUACAGUGCAUUCGGAAAGUAUUCAGACCCCUUCCCUUUUUCCACAUUUUGUUACAUUACAGCCUUAUUCUAAAAUGUAUUAAAUAUUUUUUUCUCUCAUCAAUCUACACACAAUACCCCAUAAUGACAAGGCGAAAACCCGUUUUUAGUGUUUGCAUGCUUAUUAAAAAUGAAAAACAGAUACCUUAUUUACAUAAGUAUUCAGACCCUUUUCUAUGAGAUUCGAAAUUUAGCUCAGUUGCGUUCUGUUUCCAUUGAUCAUCCUUGAUGUUUCUACAACUUGGAGUCCACCUGUGGUAAAUUCAAUUGAUUGGACAUGAUUUGGAAAGGCACACACCCGUCUAUAUAAGGUCCCACAGUUGACAGUGCAUGUCAGACCAAAAACCAAGCCAUGAAGUCGAAGGAAUUGUCCGUAGAGCUCCGAGACAGGAUUGUGUCGAGGCACAGAUCUGGGGAAGGGUAUCAAAAAAUGUCUGCAGUAUUGAAGGUCCCCAAGAACACAGUGGCCUCCAUCAUUCUUAAAUGAAAGAAGUUUGGAACCACCAAGAUGCUUCCUAGAGCUGGAUGCCAGGCCAAACUGAGCAAUCAGAGGAGAAGGGCUUUGGUCAGGGAGGUGACCAAGAACCUGAUGAUCACUCUGACAGAGCUCCAGAGUUCCUCAGUAGAGAUGGGAGAACUUUCCAGAAGGACAACCAUCUCUGCAGCACUCCACCAAUCAGGCCUUUAUGGUAGAGUGGCUAGUGGCCACUCCUUAGUAAAAGGCACAUGACAGCCUGAUUUGGAGUUUGCCAAAAGGCACCUAAAGGACUCUGACCAUGAGAAACAAGAUUCUUUGGUCUGAUAAAACCAAUAUUGAACUCUUUGGCCUGAAACCCAAGCAUCACAUCUGGAGGAAACCUGGCACCAUCCCUAUGGUGAAGCAUGGUGGUGGCAGCAUCAUGCUGUGAGGAUGUUUUUCAGCGGCAGGGACUGGGAGACUAGUCAGAAUCGAGGGAAACAUGAACGGUGCAAAGUACAGAGAGAUCCUUGAUGAAAACCUGCUCCAGAGCGCUCAGGACCUCAGACUGGGGCAAAGGUUCACCUUCCAACAGGACAACGACCCUAAGCACACAGCCAAGACAACACAGGAGUGGCUUCAGGACUCCUCUGAAUGUCCUUGAGUGGCCCAGCCAGAGCCCGGACUUGAACCCGAUCGAACAUAUCUGGAGAGACCUGAAAAUAGCUGUGCAGCGACACUCCCCAUCCCACCUGACAGAGCUUGAGAGGAUUUGCAGAGAAGAAUGGGAGAAACUCCCCAAAUAUAAGUGUGCCAAGCUUGUAGCAUCAUACCCAAGAAGACUCGAGGCUGUAAUCACUGCCAAAGGAGCUUCAACAAAGUACUGAGUAAAUGGUCUGAAUACUUAUGCUUUCUCAUUAUGGGACAUUGUGUGUGUAGAUUGGGGGGGCUGUAACGUAUAAGGCUGUAACGUAACAAAAUGUGGAAAAAGUCAAGGUGUCUGAAUACUUUCAGAAUAUACUUUACAUCCCUGACUCUUUCUGUUCCAAAACUCAAAGUCAAAGAGAAGGUUUGAGUGAGAACGGUUUCUUUCUCUUUUCUUCAGGAACACCCCUGACCCGGCCCAAGAGAGCCAGGGUGAAGGGUACAGCAGCCCCAUGCUCCGGGCCCUGUCCUCUGUGUGUGUUCGCUCCCCACAUUACGGCACAAGGUCAGAGUCCUCCCAGUCCCUGACACCAAUUAGCUAGGCCAGAGUCAUAGAGAUACAUUAUAAUACAAGAGUGGCCUAUGUGAUAAACCUUGCCAAUAUCCAACCUAGUGUUGUUAUUUAAUUCUGUGGUCAGAGUCCCAUUCUGUGCUCCUAGUCCCACCAAUUAGCUCUCCCAUUUGUCAUGCGGGCCCGCCCUCAGAGGUGAGAGCGGGGUCAUAUUCAUAGGGUACACGGGAACAUGAAAACAAUUGGUUCUUAUUUGGCACAAAUCCAUGGUCAUAUUCAUUGGUGCACACCUUAGCAAACAGGAAACGUUUUGUGAACGAAAACAAGUUUCUUAUUGGACAAAUCCAGGUAGUACGUCUCUGUUUGUCCAUUUAGCUGUGUUUAGUGCAUAAUGAAUACGCCCCAUACAUCAUACAGCCCCUUGUGCAUAUAAUAUAAUCUAGAACCAGCCUGCCCCCUGGCCUCCAGUCUAGUGUGAUAAUGAAAGGUGAUUGGGGAACUCCAGAAUCACAACGUUUUCCCCAUAUUUGAAAUGCACAAGCCUCUCGUUUCACCCCUCCUAUUAUUUCUUAUGUUUUGUGUCUGCCUGUUUCAGGACCAAUACCAUUAUCCUUAUAGACGCAUCAGGGAACGUGACCUUCACGGAGCGCACCAUGCUCAACUGUGACGUCAGCCAAUGGAGCACAAGCUCUUUCCAGUUCAAAAUCCAGGAC